AUGUCGUUCCGCAGUAUAGCUCGUGAUAUAAGAGACAGUUUUGGGAGUUUAUCCCGGCGGAGUUUUGAUGUAAGGCUGAUUGGUCAUCACAGGGGAAAAUCACACGGUUCAUUCCCUGACUUGAAUGACCAACCUUUGGUAAUUCAGAAUAGUCGAUGGGCCAAUCUACCACCAGAGUUACUUUUUGAUGUGGUUAGAAGGUUGGAAGAGAGUGAGAGUACAUGGCCUGCUCGAAAAAAUGUGGUUGCAUGCGCUGCUGUUUGCAGAUCAUGGAGGAUUAUGUGCAAGGAUAUUGUCAAAAGUCUAGAGUUAUGCGGGAAACUUACUUUUCCCGUUUCCUUAAAGCAGCCAGGACCUCGUGAUGGAACUGUUCAGUGCUUCAUUAAGAGGGACAAAUCUAAUUUAACAUAUCGUCUUUACCUGUGUCUUAGUCCCGCUUUGCUAGUUGAAAAUGGAAAGUUCCUUCUCUCUGCAAAAAGAACUCGUCGAACUACUUGUACAGAGUAUGUUAUCUCCAUGGAUGCAGAUAACAUUUCUAGAUCAAGCAGCACGUAUAUCGGGAAACUAAGAUCAAAUUUUCUUGGUACGAAGUUUAUAAUAUAUGAUACACAGCCUCCACAUACUUGUUCACACAUCCCUCCACCUGGAAAAACAAGUCGUAGAUUCUAUUCCAAGAAAGUUUCUCCAAAAGUACCAACUGGCAGCUACAACAUAGCCCAAAUUACAUAUGAGCUGAAUGUUCUUGGGACACGGGGUCCCCGGAGAAUGCACUGCAUGAUGCACUCAAUUCCCUUCUCGUCCCUUGAACCCGGUGGGGUAGUACCUGGACAACCCGAGCUUCUUCAGAGGCCCCUCGAAGACUCAUUUCGGAGCAUCUCCUUCUCAAAAUCUCUUGAUCAAUCUACUGAGUUUAGCAGCUCACGAUUCUCUGAUAUUGCUCGGUUGGCCAAUGAGAAUGAGGACAAUAAUAGUAAAUCAGGACCACUGAUUCUCAAGAACAAGUCUCCCAGAUGGCACGAACAAUUACAGUGCUGGUGCCUCAAUUUCCGAGGGCGGGUGACAGUUGCAUCGGUCAAGAAUUUUCAGUUGAUCGCAGCCAAUCAACCAACCACUAAUGUGCAAACGACAUCUCAACCAUCACAGUCGUCGGACCACGAUAAAAUCAUCCUCCAGUUUGGCAAGGUCGGUAAAGAUAUGUUCACCAUGGACUACCGGUAUCCAUUAUCUGCUUUUCAGGCAUUCGCAAUCUGCUUGAGCAGCUUUGACACCAAAUUGGCUUGUGAAUAG